AUUUUUGAAACUACUUUCGAUACUUGCCACAAAAAAAAAACAGAAAAUUAGAUAGGGCGAUAUGGGAAUACCCAAGUUUUACAGAUGGAUCAGUGAGCGCUAUCCCUGCCUGUCGGAAGUUAUCAAUGAGACCCAGGUUCCAGAGUUUGACUGCUUGUACCUGGACAUGAAUGGAAUUAUACACGUCUGCUCACAUCCAAGUGACGACGUUCACUUUAGAAUGUCAGAAAAAGAAAUGUUCGUGGAUAUCUGCAGGUAUAUCGAAGUGCUGUUUCGCAUCAUAUCUCCGAAAAGGACAUUUCUGAUGGCAGUGGACGGUGUGGCACCGAGAGCGAAGAUGAACCAGCAGAGAGCGAGGAGAUUCAAGACUGCCAAGGACACCCAGAAAAAGGAGAAGGAGGCCCAGGCCAAGGGGGAGGUGCUUCCAGAUGAACCCCCCUUCGACUCAAACUGCAUCACACCAGGAACUGAAUUCAUGGACCGUCUGCAGCAGCACCUCAAGUACUUCACAGCCCAGAAGGUGUCCACGGAUAGCAAGUGGCAGGGAGUAGAGAUCAUCAUGUCGGGACACGACGUUCCAGGAGAAGGCGAGCAUAAAAUCAUGGAGUUCAUCAGAGCGCAGAGGUCCAAACCAGACUACGAUUCAAACACACGACACUGCAUGUAUGGCCUGGACGCAGACCUGAUCAUGCUGGGAUUGUGUUCUCACGAACCACACUUUUCAUUACUCAGAGAAGAGGUCAGAUUCGGCAAGUUUGCGCAGCAGGGAAAGCAGAAUUCGCGAGUGAGCAAUGCUGACAGAACUACUUUUCACCUACUUCAUCUGUCGCUCUUGAGAGAGUACCUGGAAAUGGAGUUCAAACCAAUCAAAGAGAAACUGCCGUUUGAUUUUGACGUGGAGCGCAUUAUAGACGACUGGGUGCUGAUGGGGUUUCUGGUUGGCAAUGACUUCCUGCCUCACCUGCCUUUCCUCCACAUCAACAAGAACGCACUGUCCAUACUACACAACACAUACAUGCGCAUACUACCCACUAUGGACGGUUACCUGAAUGAGGAUGGAGCGCUGAACUUGGAGAGGUUUGAAAUAUAUUGCAGAGCCCUGGGCGAGGCGGACCGAGAGUAUUUUGACGACAUCAAUGCAGACAUGCAGUGGAUGAAGAGCAAGCGGCUGGGAGAUGCGAUUGAACAGCACCACCAGACACACCUCUCACCAACCACCACAAGCACAAACAGCGCAGCUACAGCUGUGGACAAAUUGGCCUCAGGGACCGGUGGUGGAGAACGCUGGCUGCAACAGCUCGAAGCAGGCUUUUUGUUUGAUGAAGAUGAUGAUGAUGCUGAGGGUCUAGAAGGGGACGAUGACAAAAAAGAAUCAGAUUCUAAGAAAGUUUCCAUCCCGAAGACCAGCAAUGUCACCGAGCUAAGAUCUCUCUUCUCGCACGAGUUCCAGUCGGGUACUUACGAUAAUGAGGAAGGAGACGAAGAUGGAACAAGGCAGGACUUAUCAGAAGACAAUCUGGAGUACCUGCACUGGAAGAGGGUUUACUACAUUGAGAAGUUCAAGAUACAAAAUCCAGACAUGGAUUUCAUCCGACAACAAGUGGAACUAUACAUCAGAGCCCUGCAGUGGAAUUUGCACUAUUAUUACAACGGGGUGCAGUCUUGGUCAUGGUUUUACUCUCAACACUACGCUCCAUUUGCCUCCGAUCUGCGUGACUUCACAGACGUGGACAUGAGUUUUGACCUGGCAAAGCCGUUCAAUCCCUACGAACAACUGCUAGCUGUUCUACCAGAGAGGUCUCGCAAUCUCCUCCCGGAUGCCUACUCACAUCUGAUGGUGAAGGGCCCUAUUGUGGACUUCUACCCCGAGGAGUUUGAGCAAGACUUGAAUGGAAAGCAGAUGGACUGGGAGGCUGUGGUGCUAGUGCCCUUCAUAGACGAACAUAGACUGCUGGAUGCCAUGUCCCAGUGGACUGGACGUCUGAAGUUGGACGAAAAAAGACGCAAUGCGCGGGGAUCGAUACUGGUCUACCGAUUCGAUAGAUCACUGGACUACGAGUACCCUGCAGUGCAUCACUACGACACAAUGGAUCACUGCAAGGCUAAAAUCACAGAACAUCCCUUUAAUAAGUGGGCCAUAAGCAAGCAAGAUGUGAAACACGGUUUGCUAGAGGGAGUGAAGCUAGAUGUCUACUUCGAUGGAUUCCCAACGACGAAACACAUCGAGUACACGAGUGAGUUGCGGGCAGCUGGAGUGAAAGUGUUCCAAGGCAACAGUCGCAGCGACAAUAUGAUUAUCAAAAUAACUCCCAGAGACGACCUGAAAUGUCUGGAUGAUGCGACGGAAAAAUUCUUUUCAUCAGCUUCUGAGAUGAUGGAUAAUAGUGCGGUGGAUCUGAAAUCUGUGGUUUUUGUCAAGUGGCCCUACUUGAAAGAAGCCAAAGUUGUCGCAGUUUCAGACAAUGACAACAGGCUGUCCAAAGGGAAAGAUGGCGAAAUUGUGCACCAAGAAUUGGCCAAGAAGGACAAAGCAAAACUAAGACAGGAGUAUCAGACAAUCAUAGACUGGUACUACGAGAAGCGUGGUGUGAUGCUGUAUGAGAGAGAUGUGAAGCCACAGAGUCAGAAUAUGCUGAUGGUGGAGGUAGUUGAACUGGUGGGAAGGAAGAACGUGUACCAUCAACAGUCGGGCACAGUUACACUCGAACCCAGGUACGCGAGCAAUACAGAGGUGUACCCUAUUGAACUCUGCGUGCAUGGUAUCAUGACCCAGUCCAAAAAGGUGGAAAAGGUCAACAACCUGGAUGAAAUGUUUCCACAGGGCUCGACUCUGUUCCUAAUUGGGUCCAGUUACUACGGGGAGGAAGCAACAGUGGUGGAAUGUACUCCCCAGGGCUCAGUGAAGUUCGAGUUUUACCAGAAGGUGGAACCCAAUUUCGAGAACAUCAUCAACAAGAAAGACACUUGGGCCACCAUGUAUUUCUCGCAGCGGGAAGUGGCGGACAGACUGAGAAUAAGCCCUCUGCUGGUGGGCAGAAUUACUGGAUCCAUAUUCGUACUGCCACCUCCUGAGGAGAAGGAAAAAGAUGACAAGAAUUCAGAUGGGAAGCAAGGCGGCGGUGGCUUGGAUCAGGGCUGGUGUGUUAAUAUUGGGCUGAAUCUGAAGUUCACCCGCAGCAACGAAGAAGUCAUGGGGUACACGAAGAGAGUGAACAACGAAGACAACCUGCACCAUGGUGGAGGAGGUUGGCUCUACUCUGAGAAGUGCAUGGCUGUUAUACAAGAGUACAUGGACACUUUCCCGGACAUGUUUGCCCUCUUGAUGAAGAACCCUUCGGCCGACAAGUUCAAGGCACAGAACAUUUUUCCUCAAGGAUGUGAUGCGCAGCAGGAGUUGGACAAGUUGACUAAGUUCUUGAAGGGAGUGUCUUGUGCUAAGGCGAAGAAGAUCUCAUGCAGUAGUCAGAUACUGGAAGAACAGGUGCUCACUCAGAUCCAGACGGAGAUCGAGAGAUGCAACAUUGCUAAUUACAAAUCGAAAAGGAAAAUGUUGGCCAAAGGAAGCCCCGUUAACCUAUUCCGGCCCUCUGAUUUGAACGGAAGUCUGAUGCCGGACGAGUCCACUCAGUUCCGGAUGUUUGACCGGGUAGUGAAUGUGCGCGAUGGGUUUUGUGUGCCGGUGGGCCUGCGAGGCACGGUAAUUGGACUCCCGUCUCGCAAACAGGCCAUCUCGAGAGAUGCCAUUUUGGAUGUCUUGUUCGACGAGUCAUUCUUAGGGGCCCAUCAGGUGAUGCCUGGUACAUGGUUUUCAGCCUACAGACUCCCUGCCACCUCCCUCAUCAACAUCACCCAUGGCCACAGACAGCAGCGGACCACACGAAAGAGCACUGGAGAAGCCAAGGCAUCAGAACAUCAGAGAACGGAUGCACGGAUAAUGCCCAAGGCGACAGCUACCUCAGAACACCAUCAGUAUCACACUAGUGCUGGCAGUAGACAUAAUGGCUUGCAUCAACAGCAGAGUGGGGGCAGUAGUAGUAUAAGACAGUUGCUGGACAAGGCCUCUGCGGCAGCUGUGAACGAAAAAAUGUACCAGAAAUCGAAGAAUGCUAGCUCAUCUGCAAACAAAUUCACUCCACCCACGAAUAAUUUGCCUUUUGAUCCCUAUCAUGCACCUAAUUCUACAUAUCACGCGGGACAAUCCCAUAGCGGCUCGGAACCCUCGCCCGCAUUCGUGAAUUUAACACAGCAGUUCAUGGAGAACAUGCCCCAAUCCCAAUGGAGUCAACAGAUCUAUGCACAACAUCAGUCUAUACCUAUGAACAAAGAGACCUCGUAUGAUAGCAGUUCAGACUCAGAUGUGCCCACGUUCGAUUUCAGACACAAAUCCUUCUCUCGGAGGGAAUGCGGUCCAGGUAGCAUCCCAACAGGAAGUAACAUGAGUGAAAGUCAGUGGAAGCAGAUGCACAGUAAGCAGUCAUCGGCAGCACCGGCUGCAGUACAUGAGUACUACUCUUCGGUAGUAGGAGAUCUGACAGAUCUGGACAAUGCUAGCAGACAGUGUGCCCCCUUCGCAGAUCUGUACGAACAGCACAAGAUGCAGCAGUUCAGCGGACAGCCGAACACUGCUCAAGUCCAAAUACACUCUCUACACACGGGUUUUGCCUGUACACUGAAUUUAUUGGGCAAGUCGUACGAUGGUCCGAUUUGUGCUACUGAAGUUGAAGCACUUACCGAGGCCUCAACAGGCAUGAUCAAGUUUCUCAACUCCCUUGUACUCUCUCAGAACAGAGAAGCCUUCCAAGCAUAUCCUGGUCUCUAUAAACCCCAGCAGUUCUACACUCCCAGACACAACGGAGUUCCUAAACUUCUCAAUCAGAACGGGUCCACUUACGUUCAGCAGCAGGUGUUGGUGCCUGGACAGAUCGACACGACAGGAAGCAAUGUUUUUAUGCCAUCUGUUUUGGGCCCGAAUAUGUUCAACGUCAGCGUCAAUCCCAAUUCCAAUAUGUUGUAUAACAACCAAGCUCAUAAUCAGAACCAAGACCAGCAAAACACUCCUAACUUCCAGUCUAAUGCGGGACCUCAUGUGCGGGAUCCAAACAAAAAACCUCAUCGUCGUGGAAAUAGAACCUCUGCAGGCCGCGGUAGAUCGCUGGGACAAAACUGUGCCAUGUCGUUUUACGGUUGAACAACAGCUAGUUAGCUACAGAACAACCGUCAUUGUACCAUGGAACCCAGAAGGCUUGCAGUCGUUAGGUGCCACAGGGGCGAAAAAUGCGAAUUAAUAACUUCAUUUAACUAAGUUCACUUUUUGUGUGGUCUAUUGUCUAAUUGUUGAAGUCGAGAAAGGGUAUUAAAACACUGAUUACACUUGCGAAGCGAGUGUAUUAGUACGAACGUUCUUUUUUUCCAACCUGAGUCCCAUAUAUUGGUGCCACUUUUGC